AAAGAUGAGACGAGAUGAGGUAGAAGAUGAAGGUUGGUAUAGAGGAGGAGAUGACUGGGGAUCUAGAGAUAGAGAUGAGAAGACCCUGAGAGUUCCAUUAAAUCUGCUAAUUAAACUAGUCCUGGCUGCUAGAAACAGUUCGGAUUAUGAUGCUGGCACAAAUUUUACUCAAAUUAAGCUUUCCGUGGCAGACGAAGGAAAAUAUGACAGAAACUGGACUCACUCUCCCUUGUCUCAGAAUACAUUUCGGUUUAAGGAAUUGUUGAUUAUUGCAUUUAUACUCUCAAUCUGGUUAUAUUCGCUCUUCAGGUUUUGGCAAGUUUGGAGGGAUAUUCUUAAUUUUUCUGCUGAGAGUUUAAACCGAUCCCAAAAUGGAAUGUCAGGAGUUGACUCAUUUUGGACUUGGGCUGUGUCUGCUAUAAGAAGUCUGAAAAAAUCUAGAAUUCCUCAUGGUGUUCGACAAAAGCAGGACCCUGUAUUGGCCCCAAUGUGUCAGAUUUUUUUAUUUAUACCAUCGUAA